CAAAUUUUGAUUGUCAUUCCUACAAAAAUACAACAUUUGUGCCGACUUGCAAAUUUGCGAAGAAUUUCUAAAUAAAACCAAAUCAAAUAUAUAAUAAAUUAAAAAUGUAUGCCGGCCAUCAAGUAAUACCUCAGCAAUUCUGGAGUAAUGGACCAGCACCAGGCCAAUUUUAUAACUUCACUGGUGGUUACAAUGGUCUAGCUACUGGCAGCGCUAACCAAUGCAAGGAAUACACAACUCCUGGUCUGUUUGGAACACAGCACAGCUCUUCUCCCAUCACUACCGGUACUUCAGUGGUGGGUAUUAAAUUUGAUGGUGGUGUUAUGAUCGCUGCCGACAACUUGGUUUCGUAUGGCUCCCUUGCGCGUUACCAAGACGUUCAGCGUGUGUUCAAAGUUAAUAACAAGACAAUCAUGGGAGCGGGAGGAGAUUUUGCUGAUUUCCAAAGUUUGAAACGUAGUAUUGAUCAAAAAAUUGUGGAAGACCUGUGUCAUGGAGAUGAUCUUGAAAUGAAACCCAAAUCGUUGUACAACUGGCUAACCCGCGUUUUCUAUAACCGUCGUAGCCGUUUUAAUCCUCUUUGGCUGGAAAUGGUUGUUGGUGGUUUGGAUAAUGGAGAGCCUUUCUUGGGACAUGUUGACUUACGUGGCCGUGCCUAUGAAGAUGAUGUUGUUGCCACAGGCUUUGGCAAACAUUUGGCUUUGCCUUUGGUGCGCGAACAACUAGUUGAGGGAAAGAAACUAACACAAGAACAAGCUUCAGAUGUGCUCCGCAAAUGUAUGGAAGUAUUAUACUACCGUGACUGCAGGUCCAUGCCCAAAUAUUCAGUGGUUGUUUGUACCAAGGAUGGCAGUGUUGUCCAGGGUCCAUUUAAUGUAAACGAAAAUUGGCAAUUGGCCACAAUGGUUAAGGGUUAUUAGAAGCUUAUUGAAGAAAACAUCUUUUUUGUAUAAAAUAUCUUGGAAUGUGAUUAAAAAAUUAUUUUAAAAAUAA